UAUCGGCUUCGGUAGCGUGUGUAGACGAUUCGUAGAUCUAUUUCUGCUACAACGACUAAUCCAUCAUUUCGUUCUAAUUUGGUCUGACAAUUGUCAAAAGCCCGGUUACGAACGCAAAUUUUAGCAAAGUAUUGAUUUUUAGCUGGAAUUCUACCACUAUGGCGGCUAAAGAUGUAAAAUCAUUUUUCUAUGAGUGGUGCCAAAAAAAUAGCUUGUCUCCUGCAUUUGAAGUACGACCCACGGGUCCAAAACAGCGGCAGCGUUUCUUGUGUGAAGUGCGUGUACCAACAAUAUCUUACGUAGGUGCAGGUAACUCUACGAACAAGAAAGAUUCGGAACGAAAUGCCGCCAAAGAUUUUCUAAACUAUCUCGUUCGAGUUGGCAAAGUCGCUGCGUCGGAAGUCCCUACGGAUGCUGAAGGAGCGGCUGCAGCCGCACCAGCGGGUGAUUCAGCUGCAUCAUCGGGUGGACCACCUUCGUUGAUGGGUAUAAAUCCGGCCAACGUGUUCCAGGGUGGUCUUGGGCCGUCCGAUCUGGGUCAGGCGUAUCGGCCGUACGUGCGCGAGGGCGGAAAUGAAUACAUUCCUUCGAAGGAGGAGCUGGCCGAGCAGGCAGCUAAUAUGGAAUCCGCCGAAUCGUUGGAUGUUAACGCCGGUAUUCACGGAAAUUGGACCAUAGAGAAUGCCAAGGCCAAGCUAAACCACUGGCUGCAGCUGAACAAAUUGAAUCCGGAGUACAAGUAUACUGCCGUCGGACCGGAUCAUGCCAGGAGUUUCAUGGCCGAGAUGACAAUUUAUGUGAAGCAGUUGCGUCGAUCUAUAACUGGGCGUGAGUCCGGCUCGAACAAGCAGUCGGCUAGCAAAUCUUGCGCCCUUUCACUCGUCCGCCAGAUGUUCCAUUUAGGUGUUAUUGAAGCCUAUAGUGGUAACAUCAAGUCUGCCAAGAGUCAGGAACAAAUGAAACCAUUCCCAGUGCGUAUCUCAGCCGACCUGGAGAAACGGAUUGAAGAAUGCUUGCAAGAAGUUGAAAUUCAACCUGUUCAGGUGUACAAGAACGAUAAUAGUGAACCGAUCAGUCUGUUGCAUCCGGCCGAUGAGGUCCAUUUUAAACCUCAGACUAUAAACUUGAAGCAAAUCGCUUCGGUGAUUCCAUGGUCUCCUCCGCAGCCAAAUUGGAACCCGUGGAUAGCCUGUAACAUCGAUGAGGGAUAUCUGGCUACCGCUACCUUGGAUCAGCUUAGUAACGAUUUGCUAACUGCUUCCCGGGAACGUAUCCAGCAGGACCAGGAACUCCAGGAACGUAUGCGGGAGAGGGAAACGCUUCCAAUUGCGAAGGUGCGAGGACGGAUUAUGGAAGCGAUUAACGAAAAUCCGGUGGUACUGAUUCGUGGCAACACUGGUUGCGGAAAAACGACUCAGAUUGCUCAGUUCAUUCUGGAGGAUUACAUAAAUUCGGGCCAGGGUGCCCUUUGCAAUAUCUGCGUGACGCAACCCAGACGUAUUAGCGCCAUUAGUGUGUCCGAGCGAAUUGCCAAUGAACGUUGUGAGAAUGUAGGAGAAGCAGUUGGAUAUUCGGUACGUUUCGAGUCCGCUUUGCCUCGACCGUUUGGCUCGAUUAUGUUCUGUACUAUUGGAGUCUUGUUGAGGAAAUUGGAAGCUGGAUUGCGCGGUGUAUCGCACGUUAUUGUAGAUGAAAUUCACGAGCGAGACGUAAAUAGUGAUUUCAUUUUGGUCGUUCUUCGUGAUAUGUUGCAUACUUAUCCGGAUCUUCGUGUAAUCCUUAUGUCUGCCACGAUCGAUACAACUCUGUUUUCAGAGUACUUUGGAAAUUGUCCCUGCAUUGAGGUGGAAGGACGCGCGUUCCCGGUAGAGCAAUUUUUCCUGGAGGACUGCAUCCAGAUGUUGAACUUUGUUCCUCCAACCGAUAACAAAAAGCGCAAACGAGGAGGUAAAGAUGAUGAUGAGGAGGCCGGUGAAGGAGAUGCAACGAUUAAGUUGACUGGUGAAACAGACACUUCUAAUCUGAAUCAAGUCAUCGACGAGAGACGUUAUUCUAUUCAAACGAAAAACGCUAUGGCACGAAUGUCCGAAUCCGAAGUUUCAUUCGAGUUAAUUGAAGGAUUGCUUAACUACAUUGAUAACCAAAAUGUCCCCGGAGCUGUGUUGGUAUUCUUACCCGGAUGGAACCUUAUAUUUGCUCUCAUGAAGUAUCUUCAAACUAAACCACAGUUCAGUGGUUCUAAGUGCAUCAUUCUACCGCUGCAUUCACAGCUUCCAAGAGAAGAUCAGCGCAAGGUAUUUGCUCAUUACGGCGACACGCGCAAAGUGAUUUUGGCGACAAAUAUCGCCGAAACUUCGAUCACGAUUGAUGACAUCGUGUACGUAAUCGACGUUUGCAAGGCUCGUAUGAAGUUGUUCACAUCGCAUAAUAACAUGACAAGCUAUGCAACUGUUUGGGCAGCUCGCACAAAUCUGGAACAAAGAAAGGGCCGAGCUGGUCGUGUACGACCGGGUAAAUGCUUCACUCUUUGCUCACGGGCUCGGUUCGAAAAGCUGGACGAGCACAUGACUCCGGAAAUGUUCCGUACUCCGCUGCACGAACUGGCUCUCAGCAUUAAGCUGCUUCGGCUUGGCUCGAUCGGACAGUUUCUAUCGAAAGCCAUCGAACCACCGCCACUGGAUGCGGUUAUCGAGGCAGAAGUUAUGCUGAAGGAAAUGAAAUGCCUAGACGCUGCCGAGGAACUUACACCAUUCGGCAGAAUAUUGGCCCGUUUACCGAUUGAACCGAAGCUGGGCAAAAUGAUGAUACUGAGUACGCUGUUCGGGGUUUGCGAUCCCAUUGCAACGCUGGCUGCAUUUUCCGGAACAUUUUCGGAAAUUUUCCAGCUCGAUAUUGGACAACGUCGGUUGAUGACCCAUCAAAAGGCGCUCAGCGGCAAACGUAAUUCAGAUUAUGUCGCCUUGCUAACUGCUUACAGGAUGUGGAAUGAAAAGCGUCGUCGCGGAGAAGAAGCAGAAAUUCAAUUUUGCGAAUGGAAAGGUCUGCAAUUGCCGACACUGCGCGUCAUUUCCGAAGCCAAGCGUCAGCUGCUGGAGCUGCUCUCGCAAGCGGGAUUUCCCGAAGAAUCCAUGAUUGAGAUGGGUUUCAACCCGGAAGACGAUGAUCCACGUUUGGAUACGGUUCUGUCGCUGCUCUGCGUUGGUUUGUAUCCCAACGUUUGUGCCCACAAAGAGAAACGUAAAGUGCUGACUACAGAAUCGAAGGCUGCGCUGAUUCAUAAGACAUCGGUAAACUGUAGCAAUCUGCAGGUGACAUUCCCGUAUCCGUUCUUUGUGUUUGGAGAGAAAAUCCGUACAAGAACCGUUGCCUGCAAGUCGAUGUCAAUGGUUUCUCCGGUUCAUCUGCUAUUGUUUGGCUGCAAGAAGGUCGAAUGGGUUGAUAAUGUAGUUCGCAUCGACAAUUGGAUAAAUUAUGAAAUGGAACCACGUCAAGCUGCUUUGAUAGUAACACUGCGUCCGGUGUUGCAAGACUUGAUCAUAAGAAUAUCCGAGAAUCCGGAGGAGGUUAAUCAACUGGAAGAAAAGUAUCAGCAUCUGUUGGAUGUUGUCAAGGAUCUGUGUGUGUUUAAUGCCGGUGAUUUCCAAAUAAAGCGAGAAACUGGUUUGACGCCGUUGGAUCAAGCUCGUGCCAAUUCCAAAUUCCCACGUACGGAUAACGGAGGAGGAAACCGUUUCGGUGGUGGACGUGGUGGCGGUUUCAACAGUGGAGGUGGUGGUGGCUACAGCCGUGGUGGUGGUAGUUACAACAGUGGUGGCGGCAGCUUUAACAACGGUAAUGGCAGCGGCUUUGGACAGGGUGGCUACGGCGGCAACCGCAGCGGAUACGGCGGUAGAGGCGGCUACGGUGGUGGUCGAGGAGGAGGAGGACGACGUUGGUAAGAUAAAUGUUUCUUACCCUUUGAUUGCUGAAUAACAUAACAAAAUCUAUUAGAUAUAAGUAUCUAAACUUUCUCUAUAUGACUACUAUUGUUGUUUGUACUGAUUGACAAAACAAAAUAAAUUAGAAA